AUGGCCCUGGACGGAGUCAAACUCCAUAUGGUUUUCGCCGGCCGUGGCGCCAGCUUCAUUCUAGAAGUAACAGACGGCAUGGGUAACCGCAAGGUAGUACUUAUCGACGGAGGUCCUGCUGGACACAGGCAUGGUACAACUGGAGCGCCAUACUCUCGCUAUCUUAUGGCGGCGAUUCGUAGAGUUUGGGGUAACCUUGGACGUGUUGAGGGCUUGAUAUCAGGAGCUAGGGCUUAA